GAAGCUGAUACCACCGAAGAAGAAGAAGGCGGAAGUUAGCAUCGCUUCAAAACAAACGCUCGGCCGACGACGCGUGGGACUACGAAACAAACAACGAAACAAAAUAAGUGGGUGGGGGAGAAAAGCAAAACGUCCAAAUGUUGAAAGAUUUUGUGAGGGAGCGACUGAUGGCGGCCGCCGACGAGAUCUUGGGAAUAUUUGAACGGACCAUCGCCUCGUACGAGGAGCAACUUUGCAGAGCGAGAGACGAGAGCGAGCGACACCGACGACAACUGGAAGCUGUUUGCACGCCUCCGGAUGUGGCACAGCAACAUGAGCCCCCAGACCGAAAAGAGAAAGAAGAACCUCCAGAGCCCUUCCUCUCCUUAAAACAGGAAGAGGAGGAGGCCAGCAUAAGCAAGUUUUAUGUGCUGGCUGAAGGGGACAAAGAUGAAGCACCCUGGUUGUCACGACCUGGAGGUUGCAGUCCAGGCGGAGGACCCCAAGCGGACAACCUCUUCGCGCCGCUUUCAGACGGCGACGACGCACAACGACUUUUGAAGGAUCACCUGCUCGCUGAAGGCAACCCAGAUGAUACUGACAGGGAUCUAACAUCCGAAUCGGAAGAUGAUGGCAGUACCUCACUUAUGGAUCAAAGUGCAAGCACUCCAGGCAAUGCAGAACGCAGCACAACCGAAGAAAAUAAAGCUCCACCGCAGAAAGGCAAAAAGAAAAAACGUCGUCCACACGAAUGCCUGAGAAGUGAAAUGAAAGAGGCCAGAAAUAAGGGCAAGGCCUACGUGAACACCAGGGGCAUCCCCAUCCCGGAGAAAAACCUGGUCCCUCUCUCUCGCCACUUGUGCCGACACAAAUGCGCCGAAAACGUCUCGGAAGAAGAACGCCAAGUGAUAUUCCGGAACUUCUGGGACAUGGGUAAUUUUGAUCUGCAGAACGCUUUCAUCUGCGCUUCCGUCAAACUAGUCAACAUCCAGCGACGACGGCCGCAGCACCAACAGCGAGCCGCGGGCGAGUCCAAAAAUCGCACCUACUCUCGGAUAUACAGCUUCACUACCAGCCAGAGCGGCUACGUGGAGGUGUGCAAGACGUUUUUCCUCACCACGCUGUGCGUUUCCAACGGAAGAGUUUAUCGAGCGCUCCUAAAACAGGUGGAGAAAGGCCAAGAUUUACCUUCUCCCGACGGCAGGGGCAAGCACGACAAUCGCAAGAGGAUCAGCCACGAGUCCGUGCAGGCCAUCAAAGAUCACAUCUACUCGUUCGCCGAGUACGAGAGCCACGACACGCAACGGGAGAGGAAGUUCCCCUGGCCGGGCUUGACCGUCGCGCAAAUGCAUCGUCUUUACAAAGAACAAUGCAGAAAAAACGGAAAAGAACCGGAGAAGGAAUGGGUCUAUCGGAGGAUCUUUCUCACAGAGUUUCAGUCCCCUUACAAAGAUGCUUGUACGCACUAGGCGCCAACCAACCGCGACAAGAUCUGAGGUUGGGCCGCUUAUCCGUUUUGGAACAUUCCGGAUCAACCGAGCGGACCGGAUCCCGAAAGAAGACCCGAUUCGCGGGUGGAGGCUAGAUUGGGACCUUGAGGAACGGCAGCUUUUGGUCCCAAUCAGUGACAUGCGUGAACCCGACAUCGGGAUGCACAAAUUCCCCACUAACAGGGUCCCCAACUAGCAGCCUUUUUGGACAACAAAUUGAAGUCAACUUAUCAUUCAGGGCAGGCAAACUAGUUUACUUUUUUUAUUGUUUACGCAACAAAAACAUGGAGAAUUUAAAGUACUCUAAUGCCCUUGCAUGCGGGCAAGGAAUGCUAUCGAUUUUCACUGAAGGACAGAUAAAAAUAUUAAGUGGGGAAGCGUCUUAUCGUGCUGUGUGAGGACCUCUCACGCCACAAAUGCACUUUGGAAGUUGGCAACCUGACAAACGAGGGAUGGAAAGCGAGACCAUCUUUGCUACAUUGAAGACCUUAGCGUUGCGAUGUAUCAAACUUGAGAAGCGUUCUUGUGCGCUGCGCCUAUUGUAAAAGUCUACGGACGAUUGAAUCUGUAUUUCAUUUAUGGAUGUUUGUUUUUAAAAUGGGUUAAAAU